AUGAUAGCGAUUCGCAUAGCUCUCUUGUUUCUUCUCUUCACAUCCAUCAGCGCCUUUCCCGCCCUCGUUUACAGACGUCAAAACACCCUCGAACAACGUACCGACGCCAUUCUUUUCGACUUCUCUAUCCAGGAUUUCCUCAAUGCCAAAGCCGCUAACAGUCCUGACUUUGACUUUACCGACGACGGCUGUAGCGACGCUCCUGAUCAUCCUGAUGGUUUCAACUUUCUUCCUGGUUGCCAACGACAUGAUUUUGGGUAUCGGAACUACAAGAAGCAAGGUCGCUUUACAGAAGACAAUCGCGGGAAGAUAGACAAUAAUCUCAAGAAGGAUCUAUAUAAUGAAUGUGCACAGUACAGCGAGCUGAAGAGUGUAGAAUGUAGGAGGAUUGCAGAUAUCUAUUUUAAUGCAGUGAGAACUUUUGGAAAUCUUGACGUUUGA